UAAUUUAAAUCACCAAAGCCAGAUAAAACAACUCAAUCUUUUACUCUUUUUUUUUGAAACACUCUCAAUCUUUUACUCUAAUUAAAGAUGUAAGUAUGUUUAGCUUUAUGUAUACUUCAGUCUCGCUUUAAAUAUUUUAGUAAAGUUGUAGAACUACGUUUUUCUAUUCAUACAAACUUUUCUACCGAUAUGACAUGAUUUAAUAAUUAUUUUUAAUUUACUUAUCUGCAAUUGCGCAUGUAUGUAUAUAAGUACAGAUGUCUAUGUGCUUGUUUCUAUUACCAAUUGGAUCAGAUUCUUCUUCCUCUCUGAACAACAACAACAACACAAACUUUUCUCCUUCCUUUCUUCUUUUAUCUUUACCAAAAACAACAUGACUCGCUCCUCUAGAUUCCUCGGAUCCGCGGCGGCGCCACCACCGCCGGAAGAAAUCCUCGCCGCGGAAACCGACAUGAUUGUGAUCCUCUCAGCUCUUCUCUGCGCUCUCAUAUGCGUAGCCGGCUUAGCCGCCGUAGCUCGCUGCGCCUGUCUCCGUCGUCUUGUCGGCGUUAAUUCCUCCGCCGUAGGAGAAUCUCCGCCGCCGAACAAAGGCCUCAAGAAAAAAGCUCUCCAGUCCCUCCCUAAAUCCACCUUCACCGCAGCAGACUCUCCGAGCUCCUCCGCCGGAGAUGGAGACUCGUCCACCGAGUGCGCCAUCUGCUUGACGGAGUUUACGGACGGAGAAGAGAUCAGGAUACUACCGCUAUGUAACCACGCCUUCCACUUGGCGUGCAUAGACAAAUGGUUGACGUCUCGGUCGUCGUGCCCUUCUUGCCGUCGGAUUUUGGCUCCGGUGAAAUGUGAUCGGUGUGGCCACCACGCUUCCACGGCGGAGAGUCAGAUCAAAGAUCAGGCUCCUCCUCAUCAACAUCCUUCACAGUUCACUUCCGCCAUUGUUCCUGCUUUUCUUCCUUAAAACUUUUUUUUUUACUUUUUUUAUAAUUUCGCGGUAAUUAUCGGCAUACUUUAUUAAUUAACUAGGAAUUAGGAAUCUUUUAGUUCUUGGAGCUCUAUCCUGUCUGUAAGACUGUAACGCUGUCCUGUCCUGAAUCCGAAUCAGUGAAAUGUAGUUUCUAAGUUCGAGAUGUUCACAGAACUCGCAGUUCACAUAAAA